UUCAAAAACUUCUGUGUGUUAAAAACAAGUUCUUUCAGUUUUGUAACUAUGUUGAUACCAUCUGGUCUUCUCUUCGAUGGAAUUAUUUCCUUGAAACAUUCAUAAUUGUAUAAUAAAUUCAAUUUCUUCGUACCCGAUCAAUUACAUUUCGAUACGAUUACGCAUUUGUGGUAUUAGUAAACAUCCACCACUUCAGCUGUCCAUCAAGAAUAUUAUAUUACAUUAUUUUUAUCCACAUUCUAUAAGGUUUAAUAUUACUGUAGUUCAAAUAAAUGAUAGUGAAAAUGAAUUGUUGAAUUUAUUAUUUAAACAACUAGAAAUAGAAAUAAUAUGUGAUAUUAAUAAAAAUAACCUAAAUUUGAAUAAAGCUAUAAUAUAGUUCAAGUGGUUCCAAUAAGAUUAUUAUCAUGAAUGAAUAUCAAGAAAUAAUUAAAUGGCAUCCUCAUUUGGUUCUCAUCAGUGAAAAACCAGUCACGUGGUAUGGUUUAUUAAAUAUUAAUAAUGAAAUACAAAUGAAGAUUAAACUAAAAGUACCAGAGUAUCCAAAAUUGCAAGGUGCAAGAAUAUUUUUUGGUGAAAGUGUUUCUUUAACUUAUGGAACUGAUUUUACUGCUAAAGUAUCUGUGAUGUUAGAAAAUUCCAACUCAGUCAUGGCAUUUUUAAGUCAGCUUCAAAAGUUGCUGAAUACUGUUAUGAAGAAACAGACCUUUGAUUAUAAAUUUCAAAUUGAUUGGUCUAAUCACGAUAUUUUAGAUGAGCUAAAGACUGCUUUAACAAUUCCUGAUAUAACUAUAUCAGCAGGUGAUAAUUUAAAUCUAGUAAAACUUGAAUAUAAAAAUACAUCUAUGAUUCUCAAGUACAAAAAAAUAUCUACUAGUCAAUGGACAUUUGUUUCAUCUGAUUUACCAACGUUAUCAUCCUGGUCACCUUUAGAAACUUGUAUAUCAACAUUGAGUGAAGCAGCAGAAACAUUGAAAACCAGAACUGAUGUUUUAGAAGAUACUUGGACUAAUUUAUACGAUAUUGAUAAAAAUUGCUGGGUUUUAGACCCUAUCAAUCCAAAACCUUUCCACUUGCAUCGAAGGAUUUAUUUAAAUCCUGCUCUAUCACUUCUUAUCACACUUGAUCCUCUUAAUCCUGAUGCUCUUCAAGAGAUUAAAAUUUUAGGAAGUGAAGAUGAAGUAUCGAAAUGUCAAGAUUUAAUUAGUAACAAUCUACAAAUGUGGACCAGUCAUAAAUCUGUGGUAAAAAAUUUAUUAGAUUUAUUAGAACUACCUGAAUUACCAAAGCCUAAACAAGAGAAGCUAAUUGAAUCAGAUGGUAUUGUUUCUGAUAAAGAGUGUUGUAUUUGCUUUUCGAAUGAAGGAGAAGAUGGACAGUCUCCAUCGAUAGUUUGUAAUAACGGAAAAUGCCAAAAACAUUUUCAUACUUCUUGUCUACGUCAGUGGUUGCAAGUAAUAGCAGAAAGUUCCGUGCUUUUUGAUAGAAUACAUGGUAUCUGUCCUAAUUGCAAAACGAAAAUAUCCUGCCCUUUAUUAAAAUAAUUUAUUAGAUAGAUA